AUGGCAGAAGCAAUCAUUGGCACCACGAUGGCGCGGACGUCACUCAACAAUCGAAUGGAUUCGUCAUCCUUUAUCAUCCGCUCAGUGUUCAAUGUACAUCUUACCAAGUCCCAACAUAUUGACUACACCAGCAACUUCAUCAGAAGAGGAUGUCCAGCAACUCGAACAAUACACACAGCUCCCAUCACUCAUCGAGGUCAAGGUGAA